AUGCAUUCCUUAAUAGAUAAGAAGUUCAAAUGUCGUUUGGCUAGUGAAUGUAUUAUCGAUGUAAGUAAUCGUAAACGUUGUAAAGCAUGUCGUUUGAAAAAAUGUGAAUCAAGUGGAAUGAGAAAAGAAUGGAUAUUGAGUGACGAAGAAAAAUGUGAAAAACGACGAAAAAUUGAAGAAAAUCGGAAAUUGAGAGAAAUACAUGUGGCGAAACAAACCAAUGAUUGUUGUUCGACUACUGUUCAAGAAGAAAUUAGUGAAAAGAUUUGUAGUGCAGUUAAUUUAACAAUGGAUUGUGAUUUAGUCAAAUGUGAUGAAACAGAACAAAAAUUUUCUCAAUUUGAUACAAAUGAUUGGAAUAUACUGAAUCAAAUUCAAACAGCUUAUUCUCAAUCUAUUCAAUUACUUUCUAUGGUGGGUGUUCCACCCUAUCCUUUUGUCUACAAAUUAUCCGACCCAUUAUUUGUUGUUAAUGUUCCAAUUAAUAUUUCUGCUACAAGACUGAUUGUCUAUUUUAAGUCUAUACCAGAAUUUAUAACUUUAACAGAAGAUGACAAACUAACUUUAAUUAAAUAUAAUUUAUUUGCCCUGGUCAUCGUUAAGGGUGUAAUAGGUUAUAAUCCUGUUGAUGAUACUUAUCAGGAUGACCGCGCCAACGACUGUUUAUUUAAUGGAAAAGAUGCCAUACAAAAUUAUGGUUACGAUUUUUAUUAUCGCUAUACAAACGUUACGUUAUCGUUUUUAGAUAACACUGUAAAUGAUCGAUUAAUUCUUAAAAUUUUAUUGAUUAUAUUUUUAUUUUCGAAAGGCGCAGCUUUUACGACAUGUGAAUACGAACCAAUAUUACAAAAUACUCUUCAAGUAUUUCAUGCACAAAAUGUUUACACUGAUUUAUUGUGGAGGUAUUGUGAACAACAGUUUGGACAUAUUCAAACAGCAAAAAUGUUUAUGAAGUUAAUUCAAGAUUUUAUGAUUACACAUUGUGUUGCUCACUGUUUACAGCAAUAUAAACACUACAAAGAUGUAAAGCCAGACGAUCUCACUCCGUUAAUGCAAUCAGUCAUGCAUAUUACAUCACAUGAGUAG